AUGACAUCUUUACAUAUAAAAGCUCGAAAAUCACCUUAUUGUGGUACACAAGAUGUUAAAAGAUUUGAUGUACCUGAUGAAAAAGUUCCUUGGAAUGUUAAUUGGCCUGAUUACAGACCAACAGAAUAUACAUCACCAAUUGUUUUAAAAAAUCCACCUUGGGCUGAUGAUCCUGAUGCAAAAAAAAUUCAACACUAUAAUCAAACAGAUGGAAAAAUCGAUCGAACAAGUUUGAUCUGUACAUAUGAAAUCGAUAAAGAAACAAAUCGACCAAAAAAUCCUCAAGGUCGUACUGGAUUAUCUGGUCGUGGUUUACUUGGCCAUUGGGGACCAAAUCAUGCUGGUGAUCCCGUUAUAACACGUUGGGCUAAAGAUCUACGAAAUGAGAGAAGAAAAGUUCUAGAAAUAAUACUUAUUCAUAGAAAAGAUAGUGGAGAAUUAGCUUUACCAGGUGGUAUGGUUGAUGCUGGUGAACAUGUAUCAACAGCAAUAAAACGAGAAUUUAUUGAAGAAGCUAUGAAUUCUGAUCCUAGUGGUGCAAAACAAAUCGAUGAAUUAUUUAAAAAGGCUGUUUUAAUUUACAAAGGUUAUGUCGAUGAUCCAAGAAAUACGGAUAAUUCUUGGUUGGAAACUGUAGCUGUAAAUGUCCAUGAUGAAACAGGAGAAUUAACAAGAUAUUUAAAAUUAGAAGCUGGUGAUGAUGCUUCAAAAGUAACAUGGAUUCAACUUGAUCGUGAUCAUAAAUUAUAUGCAUCUCAUGAAAAAAUUAUUCAAACUGUUAUUAGAAAACAUGGAGCUUAUGAAUAUUGGCAUGAUGGUUCUCGUUAA